CAAGAAAGAUAUUCACGCUCUAGAACAACAUGCUGUUGUCAACUACGACUCCAAUAAUCUGGAGAGAUGACAUUAAUGGCCUGUUGGUAUAGAGAAGCCGCUUGUCCUUGUCUCAACUGGGCACCAAGAUGGAGAGACAUGCCAAGUAUACAGCAGGGUACCAGGCGAAACACGCUCAACGAGGUAACAGCCGCUCCAGUCAGUCUGAACGUCUGUUCGUAGUGCAAAGAGGUGACGUUCUCUUCUUGCGCCGCAAGACACAAUCCACUAUACAGCAUUGUGCGGUAGACGACGCAACCAGUACAGUCCUCCUCACUGUGCAACUCCUCAAGGAUGCUGCAGAGGUCCAUGGUCUCAAAAGUCUAGAGGAGACAAGUCCACCGAAGUCAGAGUGGCCCCCAAACGGCAACAACAUCCGCACUGUUUCGAUUGACACAGAGAGUUGCGUUGUGCCCAAGGAUAUGACUCCCCUACGAGGCUACAAGUACGCUCAAUAUAUGAUCGAGCUAGGUGUCGCCUUCAUUGAUGUAGACACCAUCUGCGCUCACCACCACGACCGGGCUCUAGAAAAGAAAUAGGAAUAUCGUUCUCUGCUUUUAUCAUUACUGUUGAUUACGUUCUUUGGAGUUGCUAUCCAAUGAGCGCCAGAGCCUGUAAUACAUGUUCCGCCCUUGACCAGCACCUUGACAAAAAAGCCUUGGUCGCAAAGAUGAGCAAGGUGCAAUUGUUCUUGUUCCUGACUUUACACGCACCCACGCACCUUCUUCUCUGUCAAUUAUCAACAUGUCAGAAAGCGCGGUCAACCGAACCAUCUUCCCGUGACCCGUCUGCGAGGAGACCUUUGCAUCCCCGGGGGCCAGAAG